UCCUGCUCUCGCGCGAACUAGCGGCGUGACUGCCACGUCCGAGCAAGCCGGGAAAGAGAGACUGUCCCGGAGCCGCGUGAUGGCCAGGGGCCUGCGGACCUCCCACUGGGUGGCCGUGGGACUGCUGACCUGGGCCACCCUGGGGCUGCUGGUAGCCGGACACGGGGGUCAUGGUGACCUGCACAAGGAGGUGGAAGAGGACUUCCAUGGCCACAGACACUCACAUGAGGAUUUCCACCAUGGACACAGCCAUGCCCACGGCCACGGCCACACACACGAGAGCAUCUGGCAUGGGCAUACCCACGGUCACGACCAUGGACAUUCACAUGAGGAUUUGCACCAUGGCCAUAGCCAUGGCCACUCCCACGGGAGCCUCCACCACAGAGGACAUGGACAUGACCAUGGACAUAGCCACGGAAGCUAUAGAGAGUCUGGGGUUCCAGACACCAAGCACAACCUGGAUACUGUUACCCUCUGGGCCUAUGCACUGGGGGCCACAGUGCUGAUUUCUGCCGCUCCAUUUUUUGUACUCUUCCUCAUCCCAGUGGAAUCAAACUCCCCCAGGCAUCGAUCUCUGCUCCAGAUCUUGCUCAGUUUUGCUUCGGGGGGACUCCUAGGUGAUGCCUUCCUACACCUUAUUCCUCAUGCUCUGGAACCACAUUCUCACCACACUCUGGAGCAGCCUGGGCCUGGACAUGGACACUCCCACAGUGGCCAGGGCCCUAUUCUCUCUGUGGGGCUAUGGGUACUCAGUGGAAUUGUAGCCUUCCUUGUGGUAGAGAAGUUUGUGAGACAUGUAAAAGGAGGACAUGGACACAGUCAUGGACAUGGCAGUCAUGGGCAUGGAAGUCAUGAGUGUUCUUCAAAGGAGAAGACCAGCUCAGAGGAAGAAGAAAAGGAAAACAAGGAAAGAGGGGGCUUGCGAAAGAGGAAAAAAGGGAGCAUAGAGCCCAAAGAUGGGCAAGUAAAAUCUCAGAACCCUGAAGAAAAAACAGGCUCAGACCUGCGUGUGUCCGGGUACUUGAAUCUGGCUGCUGACUUGGCACACAACUUCACGGAUGGUCUGGCCAUUGGUGCUUCCUUUCGAGCGGGCAGAGGACUUGGGAUCCUGACCACAAUGACUGUCUUGUUACAUGAAGUGCCCCAUGAGAUUGGAGACUUUGCCAUCUUGGUGCAGUCUGGCUGCAGCAAAAAACAGGCAAUGCGUCUACAAUUGCUGACAGCAAUAGGAGCGCUGGCAGGCACGGCUUGUGCUCUGCUCACUGAAGGAGGAGCAGUGGGCAGUGAAGUUGCAAGUGGUGCAGGUCCUGGCUGGGUUCUGCCCUUCACUGCAGGUGGCUUUAUCUAUGUAGCAACUGUAUCUGUGUUGCCUGAGCUGUUGAGGGAAGCAUCACCAUUACAGUCACUUCUGGAGGUGCUGGGGCUUCUGGGAGGAGUUGUUAUGAUGGUUGUGAUUGCCCACUUUGAGUGAGCAAUCGAGUGAGAGGGGGAAUAAGCCCCCUACCCCUGCCCUAAGCCUCUACCCCUAUCUCUAAGUCAGGGGUCUAUGGCAGUUGGGGGCCCUGUCUUUGGCAUUGAGGCCUUCAACGUUUGGCAGUCUUAAAAGAAGCUGUAGAGGUGAGGAGAGGCCAGAGGGACCAAAGUGUUGGGCAUUACACAACCAUAUUGUUGGUUUGGAAAGGAUAGAUGGGACAGUGAAGGCUGAAAUAAAAGUAGCCUACCUGAUGCCCUCUACCCCACUUAUUCUCAGAGGACCAAGCUGCCACACACAGGCUCUCCAAGAUCCAUCCCCCACUCCCACCGGUUAGUCAAGGCUUCUGGGAAAGAGGAGCCGGGGGUAAACAUCAAAACAUCAAUCGUGUGUCCCGAUUUGGGAGUGAUUGGGGGUGGGCAUGGGAAGGGGUUAGUAAUCUCAUGGCCUGAUUUUUUUGUUUGUUUCUAUUCAUUUUAUAUCACUGUUUGAAUUGAAGGGGAGGGGGGGUGCCCGGAAAUAAAGUCCUUGGAUCUUCCGCCCU